GUGAGUGUCUGAGAGUGUGUCUAAUACAGCACAAUAGCACGUCCAAACACAUCUAAAAGCACGUCUGCUCUCUUCCCCCCCUCCAAUGCCCAUCUUGUCCUCCACUCCAUCCACCAUGUCCGCCCUCUACAGCUAUCCGUCGCGUCCACCGCCCAUGAAGCGCCGUCGCACGGCCACCACCGUGCUCGCGGGCAAUUUCGACCCGCGUCCACCUCGCGACGUCCUCACAAGCCCCCUCAAAGGCAUCUGUCCCUACAAGCGCGCAGAGCAGGCAGACGGCACGCGCCGCCAGAUCAGCAUCGGCGCGGGCGCAGUCUCCGCAGGGCCAUCCACGGCAACCACAGUACAUGGUAGAAUUGCUGCAGUGCCAACCGUCAACAGCAGCGUGUUGUCCUUCUGGCGUAUACGUGGACCCCCUGUUGCCCCUACACGCUCCGUUUCGCCCACACCGCCACCAGAACUCUCCUUACCACCAACCCCCGGCCCGUCAAUUUUGUCAACCAUGUCCUUCGGCUCCUCCAAGUACCCACGCACUCCUGAGGAUGGCCUUACACUUCUCGACCAUGCGUUUAAGUCGGCAUCGCCUCCUCCGCAGUCCAAGCCGCGCAAGAGGCGCAUUGCCUCUAGGAGAGGUUGGAAGGGUUGGGUUGAAGGUUCCCCACCGCCUUCAAACAAGUUAAUCAACCUUGACGAGGCCCCUGUGAUGGUAGAAAGGCGGCUGCGCAGUGGCAAGAACUUCGAUGCCAUUUCUGAAGGCAAAGAAACCUGGGUCACUCUAAGUUCGUAAUUCCCGUGUCCAACCUGUACCCUACCACCUAAAAUUCUUAUCAAUCCUCUUGCUGUCGUCUAAUCAGCGGUUGUUUCCUGUAUCUGUGUGCGAUCCCUGCUUCCUCUUUUCUUCCUUUAUUCAACGCAACCGCUGGAUGUACUUUAUCACUGUUUCGGGUUUGAUCUUCUUUUUCACUGCCUUUGUUCCUCCGUUAUCUAGAACCACUUUGAUUCCUCUUUCUUACCCUUUCACCUGCCAUCGUCGCUCUAUCCGUAGUAUACCUGGAAUGUCGCUGCCUUGCUAGCAAGACACUGUCAAUUUGUCAUCGUCGUGUGCUGU